AUGGCAACUGAGGAGAACCUGGCUCAAUGGGUCCAGUCCAUGCGAACUGAUGGUGUCCCUGUGACACCCCGGAUGAUCCAACUGGUCGUGGUUUCAAGGCUUCAAGAAGCGGACAUCAUUGAUCCACAGGACGACAUGGACAUGUAUAAUGAUGAGGAAUAA